AAAUUAUUCAAUCGAAGAAAUGACGUAUUAGUAAAUCAUUUUUGUUGUCCUAUUAUGCUCAUUUGUGCAUGCUUAAGAAUAUGUUCACGAUUUGGGAGAAGAUAUAUUCUAAUACACAAGAGCUUCUUACUGUUCGGUUGAUAUCAUUAAUAGUUGGGAUUGCGAGCCUUGCAGAAGACAUCCAAAUAUGAAACAUAUCUAGGUUCAUCACAACGAAGAGGCUUAAGCAUAAGGUUAUUGUGCUUAUGAUGAGGAUUCAAACAGAAUCGUUGUUGCUAUCAGAGGAAGUGUUAACACUGUUAAUUACUUAAAUGAUUUAGAUUUUAUAAAGAGAGAUUACUAACAUUGCUCAGGAUGUAAAGUUCAUUAAGGAUUUUAUGAUACCUAUUAAAAUAUCGCUGAAGGUCUUGUGACUUGUGUGAAGGAUCUAAAUACUCUUUACCCAGAGGCUUAAAUCUUAGUAACAGGCCAUUCCUUAGGAGCAGCAGAAGCUACCUUGGCAGCUCUAGAUAUCAAAAGAACAGUAGGAAGAGUGAACAUAUUUUAUAACUAUGGAACUCCAAGAAUAGGAAAUGAUAAAUUUGCUGAUUAUGUUGAAUCUGAAUUAAAAGGUUUAUUCUUGGCUAGAAUCAUUAGAGAUAAAGAUACUUUUCAACACACUCCUUUACCUGGACAGGGAUUCUCCCAUUAUGGAAAUGAAAUAUUCUAUGAUGAAAACAUGUUGAAUUUCAAGGUUUGUGGCAGAGAAGAUUCCAAAGUAUUUAAUUAUUGUUAAUUAUAGUGUGGAAAUAAAUACAUUUGGCCAACCUAAUGGAAACUUGAACAUCAUUUAUACUUAUAUGGUCAAUGUGCAGGAUGCACUCAAGAAGGAUGCGAAAAUAUUUUGAAGUUAUAUUCAUGA